AUGGGGAUGCUCAGCCUGCCCGGCUUUCUGUCCUGCGGGAAGAAGAAGGACUUCAGCUUGACAAAUGGAAAAGAUUCCCACUCCAGCGACAGCGAUGAGAACUCGGAGCGUGGCAACUGGUCAAGUAAAGGCGAUUACCUGCUGUCCAUGGUGGGCUAUGCCGUGGGCCUGGGCAACGUCUGGCGCUUUCCCUACCUCACCUACCAGAAUGGAGGAGGUGCUUUUCUAAUCCCUUACACCCUGAUGUUGGCAUUAGCUGGUUUACCCUUAUUUUUCAUGGAAUGUUCCCUUGGGCAGUUUGCCAGUCUAGGGCCAGUUUCCAUCUGGAGAAUACUACCAUUGUUUCAAGGAGUGGGCAUCACAAUGGUCAUCAUCUCAGCAUUUGUGACUGUCUACUACAACGUUAUCAUUGCUUAUGCACUCUACUACUUAUUUGCCUCAUUUCAAAAAGUGCUGCCAUGGUCAGACUGCUUUUCCUGGGCAGAUGAAUUCUGCAGCAAGACACGAAUAGUAAGUGACUGCAACACAACCUUGGAUGGGGAAAUCCUUCAUGUAAACUUCUCAUUCAUCACGAGCCACAAUCUUACAUGUAUAAAUGGCACCAUAAACUACAAACCAGUGCAAUUUCCCAGUGAGCAAUACUGGAAGUAAUUUGCACUUUCUAGAAAAAAACACAUUUAUGAAACUGGUCAAAUGGUUUGGUGGUUGGCAUGUGUUCACUUCCCUGGUUGCCUUCUUCCUGCAUGGAGGUAUGUGGAUCCCCUCACACCUAACUUUCUGCAGGUUGUCUACUUUACUGCCCUCUUCCCAUACGUCAUCCUGCUCAUCUUGUUGGUGCGAGGUGCCACCCUGGAAGGUGCUUUGGAUGGCAUUGAAUACUACAUUGGGAGUCAGUCCAACAUCACCAAGCUGAUGGAGGCAGAGGUUUGGAAAGAUGCAGCCACCCAGAUAUUUUACUCCUUGUCUGUGGCAUGGGGUGGGCUUGUUGCUUUGUCUUCAUACAACAAGUUCCACAACAACUGCUACUCAGAUGCCAUUCUAGUUUGUGUGACCAACUGUGUCACCAGCGUAUUUGCUGGGUUUGCAAUAUUCUCCAUCCUGGGACACAUGGCAUUUUUGUCUGAGAGACCUGUCUCAGAGGUCGUGGACUCAGGGUUUGACCUGGCCUUUGUAGCCUACCCAGAGGCUCUCUCCAAGUUACCAGUUUCUCCUCUGUGGUCCUUCUUGUUUUUCUUCAUGCUUCUGCUUUUGGGCCUUGACUCCCAGUUUGCCACCAUAGAAACACUUACAACCACCAUUCAAGAUGUAAGUCCCAGAGUGAUGAAAAAAUUAAGACUGCCUAUCACCCUGGGUAUUUGUGCAGUGCUCUUUCUUCUUGGGCUUAUCUGUGUCACUCAGGCAGGAAUUUACUGGGUUAACCUAAUAGAUCACUUUUGUGCUGGAUGGGGAAUCCUUAUUUCAGCUGUCCUGGAGAUAAUAGGCAUCAUCUACAUUUACGGAGGAAACAGGUUCAUUGAAGACAUUGAAAUGAUGAUUGGAAAGAAGAGCUGUUUAUUCUGGAUAUGGUGGAGAAUGUGCUGGUUUUUCAUCACUCCUGUGCUGUUAAUGGCUAUUUUGGUCUGGUCUUUGAUCACAUUUUCACGUCCCACUUAUGGCUCAGUGUUAUACCCAACCUGGGGAACUGCUGUUGGCUGGUGCAUGAUCAUCUUCUGCGUCAUCUGGAUUCCCAUUGUUGCUAUUGUAAAAAUAAUUAAAGCUGAAGGAAAUCUUGUUCAGCGCAUUGUCAGCUGCUGCAGGCCUGCAGCAAACUGGGGUCCCUACCUGGAAUGUCACCGAGGAGAACGAUACAGCCACAUUGUGGAUUCCAAGAAGGAAAAGGAGCAUGAGAUUCCCACUGUGUCUGCCAUUGUAUACAAGCAACAACAUAUAUGAUGUGUAUGAUGACUGUUUGGAUGACUGCUUCUUAGCACAUAUGUGGGUUUUGUCUUUUUAUAUUGGAAAGGGACUAGGUAAAAAAAAAAAAAAAGGCAAAUCAACACCCCUGCCCUUGAAAAUCCAGCCCCCAAAUGAAAGUAAGUCAUAUUAUUUAUUUUUGGUCUUUGGGG